AGUAACUUCUCGGAGAUGAUUAGCAGACCUUCUCCUUCUUCGAGCAGUGUCGUUGCAAAUAACACAGUAGAGGUGCUGCGUCCUCGUUCUACCUCUGCCCAAGCUGUGUCUUCCUCUCCUAGCACUAGCAGUCCAUCGACACGGCGGCCACGACAGCCUAGUGGUGCGCUUGUGGGAUCUUCUCCUGUGCCGAACGACGAAUCAUCUCCGAAGAUGUCCUCGCAGCAUUCGUCAAGAAGCCCUGCUACUGAACGCCAUAGUCGCAAGAUGCGUGGAGCUGCUGGUAUGUCCAGCGAGCUAGUGGACCAAACUGAAACUCAUCUUCGCCAUAAUGCUCUUCCAGGAGCUCAUCUGUUCUACGAUGAGACUGUAGGUUCGCCUUCGUCCGCGCCAGGGGCAACCUCUGGGGCUACCUCUUCCACUUCUGCCAACAACAACGGCAAGCAGAGUACUAACCCUUUCGUUUCUAAGAAGUACAAUGUCCUUCCGAAAGACGACUUACCAGCUGUCCGAGUCGUCGAUAAGAAGACCCAAUGGCUGCCACUAUUCGCAAGUACGGAAUUUCACUACCGCAAAGGUCAGAGAAUUGGGGAAGUGAGGUCGCUGAUCCGAAGAAUCGCAGAAGCACAAUGGAGCGACGACGGCGAAGGGAUUAGCUGUUCCACGAUCCCACGCAUCCGCAUUGACGAGGACGAACUGCUGUUCGUUCAUGACCCGGUUUUUGAUGCUGGACUACGAAGUGCGGAUUACCAAGAAGCCCUCAUGCAUGCGACAGCCCUUGCGCACACGCAUAUGGUGGAAAUCUCUAGAGCUGGCAGUCUCGGAAGUGGAUCUGGAUCAUCUGGAUCUAGGAGUGCUGACCAAACCCUGAAUAACUAUCCAACGUCGCUGUUCGGAUUUGCUAAAGGGGUAGCGGCAAGCUCUGCGAAAGACGAGUCAACAUCUUCAAAGUCAUCGACACGACAAUCGACUUCAUCUAAAAGUACUAGAGCGUCGACACGUAGUCUAGCCAGUGAUGCAGCUUCAAAGGGUAGCUCUUCUGGGGGAAAUGGAGCUGAUGGGAGUGGAACAAAUGGUGGCGCUGUUGCGCAGCAUCAGGGCGCUCAGCACCAAGGUGCCCAGCUGCAUCAGGGCGCUCAGCACCAUCAGGGACAACAACACCAUCACGGUGGUGCACCGCAUCACAAUCAAAUGCACAAAGAAGGUUCCCACUCGCAGCCCGCUCCUCCAGCUUCCAAACCCGGUCCCGG